AUUCCAUUUGAACUUGUGUUGAAAGGAAACUGAUUACAAUGGCUCCAGAAGUAUGGCGAUCCACUCGUACAAAAACAAUGCCUGAUUUCUUUCGACAACAACAACAAAGAUAUGCAGUAUCAAGAAAACGUAUUUCUAGUCAACAAGACAACUCUGAUAAUAGCGAUAAUAGUUCUAACGAGGAAGAAAGUCAGGAUGAAGAAGAGCAAAACGAACUCGACUCUGAUGAAGAUGCUCCAAAUGAUAUGGCUAACGAAGAUGACUCGGAUAAUGAAUUCAGCUUGGCAUUGUUGACAAGCCGUGAAUCCAAUGCUAAGAAACCCAGGAAUAAGACGACAUCCAAAGAUAGGACAAAGAAAACCAACAAGAAAAGACGUCUGGACCCUGUGACUGAGAUCACAAUGCCAACUUCAAGUCAAUUAUUGGAACAAGUCAGUGAACAACAAGAAGGAACUAGUUUGUAUGAUCAAGUACUUGCAAGUGAUGCGGAUAUCGACAAUAUGGUGACUGUUUGGAUUCAACAUUAUAAAGAUGACAAAAUUCCUGCUCUACAAGAUUUGAUUAACUACGUUAUUCGGAGCGCUGGAUGUAGAAUGGCAGUGACAACUGAGGCUUUUGCAAAUGAAAAUAUCACAGUGGAUGCACUUCAAGAAUUACAAGAAGAAUUGGCCAAGCUUCCUCAUCAUGAAUAUCCUAUCAUCUCCAAGGAAAAAUCUCACAAAAAUCUAAAACAAAAUUUACUGGGUUUCUUCGAAUUACUUAUUGAACAAUGUCAGCAUGAACUCCUCUAUGAUGGUACUUUGAUUGAAACCUUACAAAGCUGGUUGACCACCAUGUCUAGCUCUGUUUAUCGACCUUUCCGACACACAUCGACAAUUAUUGCUCUCAAAGUGACUGGUAGACUUUGUGUAUUGGCCGACAAAACCCAAACUGACCUAGUAAAGGCAACAAGACAAGCAAAUGCAGAACGUAAAAAAGGUGGAAGAAACACAAACAGACUCAAUAUCUUGAAACGACGCUCUGACUUGCUGACACAGAAAGGAAAAGAUCUUGAUGAAUAUGUGAAUGAUUUUUUUGUAAGUGUAUUUGCUCAUCGAUCUCGAGAUGUGGAGUCUAUCAUUCGCAAUGAAUGUCUAAAGGAACUUUGUGCGUGGAUUCAACUUUAUCCUGCUCGUUUUGCGAACAAUCUAUGUUUUCGAUACUUUGGAUGGGCUCUGAACGAUCCGAAUGCAAGUGUUCGAUCUGAAUCACUCAAAGCUAUCACCAAGUUAUGCAAGACGGAUCAAAUGGAAAAACUGACAUCCUUCAUUCAACGCUUUGUAGCUCGUAUGGAAGAAAUGGCUCUUUAUGAUGUGGACGUCUCUACUCGUGUACACGCCAUCACACUCUGCAAUACAUUAUACGCCUAUCAACAUGAUCUGAUACAGGAAACUAGUAGGGAUGCUUUGACCAACUUGGUGACAUCUAACAAUUCUCGUAUUCGAAAAGCUGCCGCACCCUUUGUCAAAUCUGUUAUUGAAUCUGAUAUUUUCAAUCCUGUUUUACAACAAGUGGAACAAGCUUUGGAAUCUCUGACUGUUGCAUCAUCAUCAUCAGCAAAUCGUUCGUCAACAAGAAACCUUCGUCCAAUUUCAAGCACACCCAAUACUAGUACCUCUGCUUCAACAUCGGCAAUCAAGAAACCUUGGAUUGUAUUCAAAAGCAUUGCUGACUUUUUAGCUCCUCGUGUUCGAACAAGUGAAAGUAGUGAUGGCAUGAUGUCAUUGGAUGAACCUUUUGUUUUUGAUCAAAACAGCAUUCAGAUCAUUGACAAUACAGUAGAAUCUCUUUGGGGCCUCAUUCGAGAACUUCAAGAUUAUCAAACUAUGGCGGAUUAUCUUAGCCGAGAUCAUUCCUCUGAUACCACUGGACAAUUCACUUCCAACGAUGACAACCAAACGACCAAUAGUGAAUUCAAUGCUUGCUACCGUCUUACCAAUGUAGAAGAAACUAUAUUAGUUUACGUAUUUGUAAGCUGUUUGAAGAAAACGAUUAAAACUGGAAGCGACAAACUUGGUGAAAAGAAAAAGGAUGACGUUCAAUCUGACGAAAUCCGAAAUACUGUCUCCCGACAUCUUAUACAAAUAUUACCAAAGCUAUUGCGCAAGUACGGUGAUGAUCUCAAUCGAUUGGCCCAAUUGAUACAAGUUCCUCAGUUGGUGAAUCUGGACGUCUAUUUGGAAUUACGCAUGGAAGAAUCUUAUAAAGAAUUACUACACCAUUUAUGCAAACUUUACACCACCAUCACCUUGCCUGAUCUACUUCAAACUUGUAUUUCAUCUUUACAACAUAUGAUGAAAGCUAGCUUCCUGUCCGAUACCAGCGAUCCUUUGAUGAAAAAUCUUCAAGAAACAAUAGUCAAUCAAGUUCGAGAUGCUUGCCGUAACAAAGAUUUAUAUACUGCUCGAUUCUCAGCGGACGAUCUUCACGCCAUUACUACCUCGGUGACUCGACUUGAUUACUUGAUUAGUACUGUGGACAUUACCAGUGAUAUGGAUGAUACAUCAGAAUUGAAGGCUGACGUUACUGAACUCAUGGGGGAACUUGUGGAAAGAUCUGCUCUUGGCUACAAUGGAGAAGUACAGAUUGGACAGUCAGCUUUAUCUAUUCUAUUCCGAUAUCUUAUUUGGCAAUGCUGCUAUGCAACUGAAGAAAACUUGACUGACUUUGAUAAGACGGUACUGUUGAAGAUUGAAAAGCGUCGCGAUUGGCUCAUUGAAAAAUCCUUGGAACUCAUUUCAUCAGAUUCUGAUUCUGAACCACUACCUGAAGUUCAACGAUUGGCAUUUGGUGUUUUGAUCGAUAUCUAUUCCGUUUUCUCAAAUGAAAUGUUCAAAAAAGUCGAUUUGGGUCAAUUGUAUCUCAAGUGUACGGAAACGAUUCAACUUCAACUGGUAGCUUAUAUGACUGGUGAAAUGAAGUCUUGGAUAGAAUCAAAAAACAACGGCGAUGAUGAUACUGCUAGUGAGAAUGUUCAACGCGACAAAACCUGUAUAAUUAAUCUGAUGCUAAGUUAUGGACGUGGACUGGCAAUGGGUGUGCUUGAAGCACAACAUGGUUUAUUAUUAUUGGAACAAUACGGACAACAUGGGGAUGAAGAAAUGGAUGCAGCAAUCAAAGCAUUCGUGGAAGAAACAGAAAUCAGCUUGAUUAGUAACCCUACAAUGGCGGAUCAAAUUUGCAAGCUAUAUAUGGCAACAUUACAAAAGACCUUUGAUCUUCGAGUUGACAGAAAUCAUCGAUCUUUGGACAAAACUCUCAAACUGGGGCGUCUAUUCUCUCAAAGCUUCAAGCAAACCAAUGAAAGGGUUAAUUCACACAAGAUCUUCGAAGACAUUGUCUGUGAACGUAUCCAUAUUGAUGGAAUCAACUUUGUUUUCGACAAGGCAACCGAAUCCAAGAAUGAUGAUGAAACAAUGACUGUGGCUCUCAAAUUCUUCAAAGUGUUGACACUGUUUGCUAAACAAUUGGAUCGAGCUCGUGAUGUGGGGAAAAUCCAUAAACAUCUAGAAAAUAGAAUACAAGAAUGUCAGCUCAAACCCUUGGAAGGCGAAAAGGAGUGGGAACCCUAUUAUGGUUAUACUAAGACAAUGGAUGAUCUCUUGAAGAAGAAAGGAUUGCGGUAUGAUUAUGCUUCUACCAACUAAUGGAAAC